UCCGGGUGAUUCUGAUGCAGGCUAGGGUUGGAGAGCUACUGUCGUAUUUAAUCAGCCUUCAAAAGCGUCCUUUGCUCUCUUUUCAGAAAGGAACAUCGUCUCUGUCUUUCGGGUCACGGGAUCAAGCACCUCAUCCUCGUUCUCUGUGUGCUGAGCUGUGGAUUUCGGCGUGUUGGGGGACAUGGAGGAAGAAAGAAUAGCUGCUGAGUUACAGAAAAAUAUGAUACAGGACUCAGUGGUCUUUGAGGAUGUGGCUGUGGACUUUACUCAGGAGGAAUGGGCUUUGCUGGAUCUUGCUCAGAGGAACCUCUACAGAGAUGUAAUGCUGGAAAAUUUCCGGAACCUGGCCUCACUAGGGUACCCAUUACACACACCCUAUCUGAUCUCCCAGUGGAAACAGGAGGAGGACCUGGAGACAAUCAAGAGAGAACUUCUCCAUGGCAUCUGUACAGGAGAGCAUCUGGAAGGCUUUGAAACUCAACUGAAAACUAAUGAAUCAGUUGCUCCACAAGAUAUUUGUGGAGAAAAAAUAUCCUAUGAACAGAACAUAGUAAGAUUCAAAAGGAAUGAUUUCUGGUCCUCCAGUUUACAUGAAAACUGGGGAUUCUGUGAUACUGAUUAUCAGAACAGAAGCCAUGACAAACAUUUGAGUCAUAUGGCGGAGAACAUCUAUGAACGUAAUGAAGAAAUUCAACAUGGACAAACCUGCAGACAAACUCCAAAUUUCGAUACACUCAAGAGAACUACUGAAGUAAAAUCCUAUGAAUGCUGUGAGUGUGGAAAGGCCUUCAUGGAUCAUUCAUCCCUUAAGAAUCACAUCAGGUUUCAUACUAGAAACAAACCCUAUCAAUGUAAAGAAUGUGGGAAAGCCUUCCGUUUUCUGGCUUGUUUUAAGAAGCAUAUGAAAACUCCCUUUGAGGAUAAACCUUAUGAAUGUAAGGAAUGUGCCAAAGCCUUCAAUUGUUCCUCAUUCUUUAGGGGACAUAUGAAGAUUCAUAGUGGAAAGACAAACCAUGAAUGUAAGGAAUGUGGGAAAACUUUUAGUUGUUCCUCAUCCCUGACAGAACACAAAAGAAUUCACAGUGGAGAUAAGCCUUAUGAAUGUAAGGAAUGUGGGAAGGCCUUUAGUUGUUCCUCCUCACUCUCCAAACACAAAAGAAUUCAUAGUGGAGAUAAGCCAUAUGAAUGUAAGGAAUGUGGGAAAGCCUUUAGUUCUUCCUCUCACCUUAUAAUACAUAUAAGAAUUCACACUGGAGAGAAGCCUUAUGAAUGUAAAGAAUGUGGGAAGGCCUUCAGUGAGUCUUCAAAACUCACUGUACAUGUGAGGACACAUACUGGAGAGAAACCCUAUAAAUGUAAGGAAUGUGGGAAAGCCUAUAAUUGUCCCUCCUCCUUAAGUAUCCAUAUGAGAAAACACACUGGAGAGAAGCCCUAUGAAUGUCUGGAAUGUGGGAAAGCCUUCUAUCUUCCCACUUCCCUUAAUACCCACGUGAAAAAUCAAAGUAGAGAGAAACCCUAUGAAUGUAAGGAAUGUGGGAAGGCCUUUAGUUGCCCCUCAUCCUUCAGAGCACAUGUGAGAGAUCACACUGGAAAGAUACAAUAUGAAUGUAAGGAGUGUGGGAAGACUUUUAGCCGUUCCUCAUCCCUCACUGAACACUUAAGAACUCACAGCGGAGAGAAGCCUUAUGAAUGUAAGGAAUGUGGGAAAGCAUUUGUUAGUUCCUCCCACCUUACAGUACACGUAAGAACUCAUACUGGAGAAAAACCUUAUGAGUGUAAGAAAUGUGGAAAAGCUUUUAUUUAUCCCUCAGCCCUUAGGAUCCACAUGAGAACGCACACUGGGGAAAAACCCUAUGAAUGUAAGGAAUGUGGGAAAGCAUUUCGUCAUUCUUCGUACCUUACUGUACAUGCAAGAAUGCACACUGGAGAGAAGCCCUUUGAAUGUCUGGAAUGUGGAAAAGCCUUUAGUUGCCCUUCAUCCUUUCGACGACAUGUAAGAAGCCACACUGGAGAGAAACCCUAUGAAUGUAAGGAAUGUGGGAAAGCCUUUGUUUGUCCUGCCUACUUUCGAAGACAUGUGAAAACACACACUAGAGAAAACAUAUAA